GGCAUGAUUUUUUUCUCUAGGAAAAUAAACCAACUCUAUAUCGUUUUCUUUACAUAUUUAAUUGCGCUAUUUUUAGCCACCAAGCGUGAUUACAAGUGUGGGUAGGCGCUGUUUGAAGGAUUUUUGGAUCCCAUUGCGCACUUCUAGCUUUCAGUAUUUACUCUCUGUUAUUUGUUACCAAUAUCAGCAUCGUUCCAGUUUAUUGCAGCAAAUACCCUUUGGCGAGGCUAUUGAGGCUCAGCAUGAUGAAUGGGAUCACUUUUACUGGGCUAAACUUUUACUAGGCGUUACAAUGGACUACGUAUUUGGAAACUAAAUCUCCAAUGUCGUAUUUCUGAAUCGUUGAACGCUUGGCGUAGACUGCUAUUAGGGAAUUGAGUGCACGCCUCUAUGGAUUGCUGGGUCAUCUUACCCGCUCAAUUCCAGCUGUAUCUAAUUAUUUGUUCCAUAAUUCUAAAAUUUUUCUUCACGUCUCAAUGGAUUUGAUCCCUCGACACUCCAGCACGAGGAAACGAAGGCGAGACCGCGGUUUCACCACUUCACCCUGUGGAUCUAGUACUCUCGGUCUCCUCGUGGCUAAGGUUCAAUGACAACUUAGAUCGAGUCGCGGCUGGCAACCGGGUGGCGGCGAAACCGCGCACGUUUCCGUGAAACGGAGUAAGAUGGAGACGGGGAGGUGUGGGGGAAGCCGGACAGGCGGAGUCUCCCAAAGUGUCCAAGUCUGAAAGUGGCCAGCGCGCCAGCGACAACUGGCGCGAAGCCGAAGCCGCAAAGAGAGAGAGACGUUUCUCCAAUUCGCCCGUGAACCUGAACCAUCCGGAGUCCACAAGUUGCAGAAGUAAAUCUCGACAGGAGGCGGUGUGUGAUCUUGGGGAGAUGAUGUAAGAGCCGUUUCCCAGCAGCUUUCCAUCUCUCUCUCUCUCCCUCUCUCUCUCUGUCUCUCCGCUUCUCUGAGAUGUGACACUGAGAGGCUGGAGCAGCGAACCCGGCGGCGGCGGAGGCUCCGAACUCCCCCGCAAGAAAGCAGCUUGGACCGGGUCAGUCUGUGUCACCCGAACCUCUCAACUUGCCCUAGCACAUACGCUCGCCCGCUCUUUCGGUGAGAAGGGAAGCCGGGACUCGCACCGAGCCAGUGCCGGGAGGGAGAGAAGGAGGGAGGGAGAUCCUGGACACUUCGGCCGGUGCGGAGAGCGCAGGGCUCGGUCAGCCGGCCAGAAGUCGCUGGCUGCCGGUUGGCGAUGGCGUUAAAUGCCAACUGCAGGACAACAGCCGUGCCAGCCCGGGACAGCAGCGGGGCGCUGCCCGAAGUGGUGGAGUUGAAUGUGGGUGGUCAGGUGUACUUCACUCGGCUCUCCACCCUCACUAGCCUCCCUAAUUCAGUGCUUGGCAAGAUGUUCGGCCACAAGAGGAACUCCGGCAGUCCAGAACUGGCCCGAGACAACCGUGGACGCUUCUUCAUCGACAGGGACGGCUUCUUGUUCCGCUACAUCCUGGAUUACCUGCGUGACCGCUCUGUGGUCCUGCCCGAUCUCUUCCCGGAGAAGAUGCGUCUCAGACGGGAGGCUGAGUUCUUCCAACUGCCCGAUUUGGUUCGGAUGCUGAGUCCGGACGAGAGGCAGAGUCCCGGCCUCGAAGACCCAUUGCACAGCGAUCAGGACGAGCUGUCCCAGGGCAGUGACCUUCCGCGGGGUGUGAGCCAGACAGCCGAGCGCAGGGCAGGAUUUAUCACCCUCGGUUACCGGGGCUCCUGCGUUCUGGGGCGGGACAGCAUGCAAGGCGACGCCCGGCUCUUCCGCCGGGUACCUCGAAUCCUCGUGUGUGGCCGCAUCGGGCUCCUCAAGGAAGUGUUCGGAGAUAAUGUGAACGAAAGCAGGGACCCGGACCGGACCCCGGACAGGUACACGUCCCGCUUCUAUCUUCGCUACCGGCAACUCGAAAGAGCAUUCGACACGCUGGCCGAGGCAGGGUUCACUCUGUUGGGCAGCAAUUCGUCGGUCACCGGCUCAGCCUGCUGCCAGACAAUUGAUGAUAGGGCAUGGAGCAGCUACACCGAGUACCUCUUCUACCGUCUACCAACCACUCUGUGUGCACCCCAGUGAAGCAGAACUACUGGACUGUCCUGCUGGUUCAGCCACUGCCCUAGCCACCAGCUCUGGACAUGGAGGAACUGUCAUCUUGGCCACCAUCUCCUACACACUGGCAGCUAGCAGUUUCAGGGGACUCGGGUGGGAUGAUGGCAGAUCUCAAAGUCUCCUGAAACCAGUUUUCAUUUUUUUCCCCUUGAGUUUCUAAAACACUUACUGGAUGUUUACUUUGACUGCAUACAUCUUCUGCCUAACCCCUACAAUCAUCUGGUGCUGGAACUGUUCACAUCUGUCCUUUAGGUCCACUUUGUCCUUGGGACUCUCUCUAGUAUCCUCCCUUUCAUUUUGUUCUUUGGACAGGGAGAGUCAAUCUGCAAUUUGAAGUACACCAUUCUCGCUGACCUGGGCUACCAUCAGUUGGAGUACUUCAUCUUGGUCUCAGUGAGGCAAAUUAUCUCUUCUGACUUCAAGGAAGAGAAUUAUGCAAAGAAAUGUAAAAGACAUCUGGUGAACUCCAUCAUGUUACUGUGAUUUUAUGCAAUAUACUGUAUAUUAGCAAGUUAUGCUUAAAAUCUAAUGUUGUGGAUAUAAAGGUACAAAGGCACAUGCUGUCCUUAUGUUGGCCCCAAUUGUAUAUGAUAUAAUGAACCCAAUUGGCUGUCCAUAUAAUUUGUGCAAGUGAAAAACAAUGCUAGUGACUUCAGUAGCUCAGUAUUUGUUCACGUGCCAGUGGUCGCACUUACCCACCUGAAAUAUAGUCUCCUGGUUGAUGUUUGUGUGCAUGCCAUUUGCACACACAGAACUGUUGUUGCUGUUGGCAUUUGGUACAGUAUUGCUGGUUAUUCCCAUUAGUGCAGUGGCAGGCUAUGACCUGACGGAAUUGGCAAACUACUCUUUGAAGGUAAUGAGUAAAGGGAAGCUUUGAUGAGUUUGAGUUAUGUCAGUUUUCAUCAGGGAUUACACCAAAAUGUACUGUAGGAGCUGUUGCUCCUCAAUCCAGUCAUUUUAUCUCUACUGGGUGCGGUACUGACCAUCCUUCCUGCUUGCUUUAUGCACACAGCAGUGGCUUCUUGUGAUAACACAAUCUAGCACCAGCAAUGUCACCAUUUUCCUCAGGGCCUGUAGCAGUCUUGGACAGAGUUGUGGGAAAUUCUGACUGGGGUCUGUCAUGCAUGGGAAAUGACUGCCACUUAAAAGAAUCAUUAACAUUCUCAUUUUUUAAUGUAAUUUAAUAAACACAUGCUCAGCUUUGUGCCUCGGGGAGUGGACUUUCCUCUUUAACUUCCUAAAUCCAGAAUAAUAUUACUUCAACUGCAUAGUUUCAAGAUUUUGAGAAACUGGUUUUUAUGAGAUUGCUCUUAAAUCAGGUUGCAGUAUAUUAUCAAUUAAAGAUGUUUUCAAUAUAAUAGGUGUUAUGAACAUUUCCCUCUGAAAUAAUUUUGUUAUCAAUCUUCAAAACAGUAUACGUAAAGAAAGAUAGAGGAACAUUUCACCAAAAAGAGUUGAGUGUGGAAUCUGAGCAGCAGAUAUUAUACAUCUUCAUUCUGAAGUUGGAAGAAAGAAAUCAAAUCAAAUCUGAUUCUUGAAGUGUAAUAUAGCUUCAGGAGAAAGAUUCAAUGCUAAUAUAUUGACUUAGAAUAAAUUUUCUUAUGAAGUACACCAGAGUUGUUUGAACACUAUUUGAAUAAGGAAUGUUUUAAUUUGAAAUACUGUCUGUGUGUGCAGAAAAAUCCAAACAUCAUUAGAUAUAUAUGAAUACUUCAGAGAGUGAGAACAAAGAAUCAUGUGAAACUUCCAUGACAUGUCAGAAAGGUUGACCUUCUCAGAUUGAUGUGAAGAGCAGGGAUCCUCAAAAUAUCAUCAGAGGAAACAAAAGCAAAACCUGGAAGGGAGAAUGAUUAAAGUUCCCAUGUUCCCCACUCAUAUUUGCUUGGUUUAUUUGCUUGAGUGACUUCAUUGCCUAUGGUAUUUUAAGAUUAUCUUCAUUACCAUUAAGAUUAAUGAUUGAAGCCACUUUGGACAGUUCCAAAGGGAUGAGAUUUGACUUACUUCAUAAAUUAUUAUGGAAUAUUUCCACUGCACUUAGCUAAAAUGUGUAAUAUGCUGCAUUAAGAAACAAAAGGUAGUGCAGUUGUUGUAUUACUCUGAGUACAAUCUAAAUAACAUUUGUCUUUGCAUUCAGAUUUAAUUCUGUGAACAACUGGAAAAUAGUCUGAUGCUGUAGGUUGUUUAUGGCCUGUCUGAAUGCCACCUGUUCUGCUGUGUGUUUACAGGUGGUAUGCCACAGCUCUUAAUGAAUGUUCCUACACUAGAGAGGUGCUUUCAUACAUAAUAAUAUCAGGAAAUGCUCCAAACAGGCAGCUUCUGAGGAAAGAACAUUUCAGUACCAUGUUGGACUUGCAUGAAUGUAUGCGUGUAGAGUAAUGCUUGUGAAUGCAGGAAUAACAUAAUUGCUAUCUGAAUUGCUUCAACUAUAAGGUGUGAAGUUCUAAUAUCAGGAUAACCAAGUUAGAUUUGCAGUACACAGUCUGUUUGGUAAAUUGGUUCUGUUAUAAUCAAAAAUUCUGAGUAAACUUUGAGGGCAUCCUGUCACCUUGAUUCUUGUGCCCUGUAUUUCCCAUGAUCCAGGUUUCAUUCAUCGUUUACAAAGUAUUUAAUCACCUCUUCCUUUUUUUUAACAAAUUCUUACUUUGUGCUUCCUGAUCACUUCCUUAUCCCUACUUCUUUCCUCUUCAUGUGUUGUGGAAUGAAAAAGAAUUAGUGCACCCAACCUUGGUAGAUAUAUUGCGACAAAACAGUGCGUACAUCAAAUGGAAAAUAUGUUAUGCUUCAAGAAAAAUAAAUUAAGAGGCAAUACUGAGGAAAAAUUGCAAGAAACAUUCAAAAUGUUAUGAAAAGUUGACUAGAGAGCAAAAUUCAAGCAUAUCUAGUGCAAUAAUGAUUCAUAAUAUGUUUUGUUGUGCAUAACAUAAUGUAGUUUUUAAAAUACCCAUACUGCACACACACAUGAUAAUCAUAAGAGUGGAUUCUCAGUUUAAAUCUAUCAAACUAAGAAAGCAAAUGAUUUAUAAAGCAAACUUAAUUUUGUAGUGCUUAUAUAUAACUUGUAUUUGGAAAUUCAUCAAAGCAGUUGUAUGUAAUAAGUGAAAACCAUAAAUGGUGGCAUUUCAUAUUUUUAUCAAGCAUUGGCCUGUUCUGUGCCAAAGUUAGUAUUUCUUUAUAGAAUGCGGCUGGAUAUUUAGUAGGCCAAUCAACUUACCCAGAUGCUGUUAAUAAGUUCUCUUCAAACUGUUUAACCUUGCAAUGUGUUUUGCCUGUACAGCUGCUUGGGGAAUGGAGCUGAGUUUGAAAACUGUUCAGGUGGUUAUUUAAACGUG